AUGAUCAAGUGUUCUACUAGCAUCAUUUCUUUUAUUCUUACAUUCCUUUCAUUGUUUAGGUUAUUCUAUGCUGUGGCACAAAACAACACGAUCCCAGUAAAUGUGGGUAUGAUCCUUAACUAUGAUUCGUUGUUUGGGAAGAUGGGACUGAGCUGCAUCAAUAUGGCCCUCAGUGACUUCUAUGACUCUCAUGCUUACUACAAGACCAGGCUGGUCUUACACACUAGAGACUCCAUGAGAGAUGUUGUUGUUGAAGCUGCAGCAGCUCUGAACUUGAUACAGAAUGUUGAAGUGCAAGCCAUCGUCAGAGGACCAGACUCGUCAAUGCGAGCCAACUUUGUAAAUGAUCUAGGAGAUAAAGCUCAGGUGCCCAUGAUCUCAUUUUCAACAACAAGCCCUUCCUUGUCUUCUUUACGGAGUUCAUAUGAAUUCCGAGUUGCACAGAAUGACUCUUCUCAACUGAGAGCCAUAAGUGCCAUCAUUCAAGCCUUUGGAUGGCGUGAAGCAGUGCCCAUCUAUGUUGACAAUGAAUUUGGGGAGGGUGUAAUACCUUACGUGACUAAUGCUUUGCAAGAGAUAAAUGCUCGUAUCCCAUACUGGUGUGUCAUCCCUGCAAUGGCAACUGAUGACCAGAUUGCUGAAAAGAUUCAGCAGUUGAUGACAAUGCAAACAAGGGUAUUCAUACUACACAUGUUGCCUUCUGUUGGAUCUCGCCUUUUUGCCAAGGCAAAAGAAUUUGGAAUGAUGGACGAAGGUUAUGUCUGGAUAAUGACAGAUGGAAUGGCCAACUUCUUAGGUUCCACAAAUUCUUCUGUUAUAGAUAACAUGCAAGGGGUGUUGGGAUUAAAAAGUCUUGUUCCAGAUACAGAAGAGCUUGAGAACUUCAGAGUUAGAUGGCAAAUGAAAUUUCAAAAAGACAAUCCCACUACCCUGAAUGUUAGAUUGGAUGUUUUUGGACUGUGGGCUUAUGAUGCUGCUUGGGCGCUAGCCAUGGCCAUUGAGAGGGUUCACAAUACUACAACCGUCAAGUACCAAAAUGUGAACAUCUCUGACAGUUCCACUGAUCUGGAACAAAUACGAGCUUCUGAAAGUGGUCCUGAACUCGUAAAGGCAUUAUCAAACACAAUCUUCAGAGGCCUUUCAGGAAAUUUUAGUUUUCUUAACAGACAGCUGCAAUCUUCAAAUUUUCAGAUACUUGAUGGGGCGAGGGGAAUUGGAUAUUGGACACCCCAAACUGGACUUGUCAGAAACUUAAAUUCCAGUAGCAUGAGUACAUAUUAUACAACUUCUAAUGCCGGUAGCCUUGGACUUGUUAUAUGGCCUGGACCUGGAGACACCACUACUAUUCCAAAAGGUUGGCAAAUUCCUAAUCAUGGGAAUAAGUUGAAAAUUCUAGUUCCAGUGAAGCAAGGGUUUGAGGAAUUUGUAAAUGUGACAUAUGAUCUUAUCACCAAUACAACCAUAAUCACUGGAUUUUGCAUAGAUGUCUUUGAAGCAGUAAUGGAAGAACUACCGUAUUCUGUUUCUUACGAAUAUUAUCCGUUUGCAAAGCUUAAUGGCGAGCCAGCCGGUAGCUACAGUGACUUGAUCGUUCAAGUAUCUCUUGGGAACUAUGAUGUUGCAGUGGGAGAUAUAACCAAUAGAGCAAACAGGUCAUUGUAUGUUGACUUUACAUCGCCAUACACUGAAUCUGGUGUUUCAAUGGUGGUGCCUCUCAAAGCCAAGAAAAGUAGGAAGAGCGCAUUGUUGUUCUUAAAGCCUUUUACCUGGGAACUUUGGGUAAUAACUUGUUGCUUUUUCUUUCUCAUUGCUAUUGUCGUCUGGCUUCCGGAACACAGAACAAACGAUGAUUUCCGUGGGCCUCCAGGACACCAAGUUGGCACAAGCAUUUGGUUCUCCUUAUCCACCAUGGUUUUUGCACACCGGGAACAACUGGUGAGCAACUUGGCCAAGUUCGUGGUGACUGUGUGGUUGUUUGUUGUCCUCAUAUUGACACAAAGCUACACGGCCAGUUUAACUUCGAUUUUAACUGUCCAACAGCUCCAGCCAACCAUUACUGAUAUAGAAAUGAUCCUCAAGAAUGGGGACUUGGUUGGAUUCCAAGAAGGUUCUUUUGUACAGGGGAUUUUGAUUCAUUUAGGAUUUCACAGGGAAAAUCUCAGGGCCUAUAGAUCCGCAGAAGAGUUGGAUCAACUUUUUGAAAAAGGGAGUCUGUCUGCUGCUCUUGAUGAAACUCCUUUCAUGAAUCUUUUUAUUUCAACUUAUUGCUCCAAAUAUGCCAUGGUUGAGCCAACAUCACUUAAAGCUGAUAGCGGUUUCGCCUUUGCAUUCCCGAAAUGUUCACCUCUCACACUUGAUGUUUCAAGGCUGAUCAGUAAUCUGCAAGAGGGAGAGAAAAUGAAAGCCAUCAUGGACAAGUGGUUCAAGAAACAAGCAAGAUGUACAGACCCAUACAAUACAGGCACUAGUUAUACCAGUCCUAUCAGCCUUGGUGGACUUUGGGGACUCUUUCUUAUUGCGGAGGCCUCUUCGGGACUAGCUCUUCUAGUACACGCAGCUAUAUUAUUGUACAAGAAUCGGCACAUCUUGAUACGCUCUCAACUCCCACGUACAAUUUUCAUAUAUUUAAUUUUCGACCAAAGAGAGCUUCACUCCCCCAAUAAUGUUCAAGCUGUCGGUGCAAUCGAUCCGGCAAACAGCUUGCCAAAGCCAUCAGAUCAUCUGGGCUGCACUGAUAUGAACAAUGCUAACUUUGAAAUGCAGGAAAUACUUUCUAGUCCUGACAUAUCCGGUGAUUUGGAAUCCACAGGAAGCUCCCAAAGGCCAUCAUCAAGUCACUCGAGCCGCACUGCAUGAUAGAUUAUUGUUUUGGAA